AUGAAGCUCAACAUUUCCUACCCGGCCAAUGGGUCGCAGAAGAUCAUCGAGAUCGACGAUGAGCGCAAGCUCCGUCCCUUCAUGGAGAAGCGCAUGGGCGCCGAAGUCUCCGCUGAGUCCCUCGGCGACGAGUUCAAGGGCUACAUCUUCAAGAUCACCGGUGGUAACGACAAGCAGGGUUUCCCCAUGAAGCAGGGUGGUAUUUCUCCUCCCACCCGUACCCGUCUGCUCCUCGCCGACGGCCACAGCUGCUACCGUCCCCGCCGCACUGGUGAGCGCAAGCGCAAGUCCAUCCGUGGUGCCAUCACCGGUCUCGACUUGUCCGUUCUCGCUCUGUCCAUCGUCAAGCAGGGUGAGGGCGAGCUCCCCGGCCUGACCGACACCGUUGUCCCCAAGCGUCUCGGCCCCAAGCGUGCCACUAAGAUCCGCCGCUUCUUCGGUCUCGACAAGAAGGACGACGUCCGCAAGUUCGUCAUCCGCCGCACUGUCACCAAGGAGGGCAAGAAGGAGUACACCAAGGCCCCCAAGAUCCAGCGUCUGGUUACUCCCCAGCGCCUGCAGCACAAGCGCCAGCGCGUUGCCAUUAAGCGCCGCCGCGCUGAGGCUGCCCGCGAGGCUGCCAAUGACUACGCCAAGCUCCUUGCCAACCGUGUCCACGAGGAGAAGGCCAAGCGUGACGAGCUCCGCAAGCGGAGGGCCUCGUCCAUGCGCAAGUAA